UAGGAUCGAUCAAAAAUCUAUGUUUCACAUCAAAAUCAAUCUACCAAAAACUCCAAAACACCCCGUCUGGACAAGGACUAUUCAGUCUGAACCCAUCAUACUACCAUACUUCAUCAUACGAUAAGCAGGUCACCAACACUGCCAUGGACAGGACGGAACAAUCGCCGCCACGGGCAGGAAACGAAGAAGGGCAAGAAGGAUCUCUUACGGACUGGUACGUUGCGUUGACAUUCCUGCGGUCUCGCGGAUCGUUCGUCGCCAAGAGAUGGCGAUCGGCGGACGGAAGUGUUUUCUUCCGAUGAUUGCGUCCACCGCUGACGCGUCAUCGAUCAUGAACCCUAGUUUGUGCCGUGCAAUACCUUUCGAUCGCGUCUAAACGACUUGUGUGAUUACCUCUUUCGUUGCUACACAAUGGAACGGCACCGAAACAUAGCUUGCUCUCGCAAUAUCGUCUCUGUGCCGCCGGCAUAGGCCUGGGAACGGCCUAUUCGUUGAAAUUUAAGAAAGGAUUGGUGCCAAUGAUCGCCGCUGGGGCCGUAGGGACCACAGCAGACAUGGUAAGACUAUCAUAUUUUCACCAGCCGACCGCCACGAAAAUAAGACCAACCUUCUGCUUUGAUCGAAAAUUUGGACAAAAGUAUUCAGGUACCGACUGUGAUGCGAUUUCCUUUCCAGUUUCCUUCAAUCCACUUACUGAAUAUUUGACAUCUACUUUCUCGUGCAUGUUGUUUGGUUCUUGCCCUUCUUACUUCAAGGUUUACGGCUACUUGGUGGAAUGUGCCCACUUAACAAAAUCGGCUGAAAAUAACGACAAUCCUACAACAAAAAUAGGAACGGGAACAAAUUUCAAGGAUGCAUCACCGACAAAAGAAAUCAACGGCAACGAAUCAGGGCAAUAGCAUGUACUCUUUUCAAUACAUUAGAACGCAUUAU